CCUAAGGAAAAACUGUAACUGUUCAAGUCCUGUCUGUUUUUCACGGGAGUUGAAGAUUUGGGCUCUCUGCAACACGGACACCAUGCCUUUAUUUUAAUUUGCAUUCUUGCUUUUAUUCUCAUCUUAUAAUGGCGUUUUUUUGGUAAGUGUGGUUACUUUUUCUUGUUGCUUCUGGAGAAGACGUUUAAUUGGAGGGAAGGAUUGUAGAAAUUGAUCUUGUUUGUGGUCAUUUAUUCCAAAUGCGGUGAAGCCAAUGAAUCGCCACCAAGAAAAAUUUUUGAGGUUUCAGGAUUGGAAUUCAGACAGUACUUCUAGAACAGGUCCCUAUGGAAAGGUCCAAAUAGCAUUGCAAUCAGUUUCAGAUAACUUCCACAAAACACUGGAAAUUUUUUUUGAGAGGAUAAAAAACGUAAAAAGUUCUCUGAAAUCUUGUGCACUAAAUCGUUGUCUUACCAAGGGCCUGGGAUAUAGAAGGAAGAUUUUUGAUCCGCAUGGGCCAUUUCGUCAGCGUUGGAAUAAAAUAUUUGUUCUAUUAUGUAUAGUUGCCAUAUCUUUGGAUCCUUUGUUUCUCUACAUUCCAGUGGUCGACAAUGUCAAUAAAUGUCUUGGCUUGGACAAAAAAUUGGAGAUCACUGCUAGUGUCCUGCGGUCAUGUACUGAUAUUGUGUACAUUCUUCAUAUUGUCUUACAAUUUCGGACAGGCUUCAUCGCCCCCUCUUCACGCGUAUUUGGAAGAGGUGUUUUAGUAGAAGAAUCUUGGGAAAUUGCAAAGAGAUAUUUGUCCUUUUAUUUUGUAAUUGAUAUCCUUUCAGUUCUUCCCUUGCCCCAAGUUGGGAUUCUAAUUCUAAUUCCUAAAAUGAGAGGAGCAAAUCCUUUGAGCACAAAGAAUUUGCUGAAAUUCGGAGUGUUCCUCCAAUAUAUUCCAAGGAUUCUUCGAGUUUAUCCAUUAUAUAAAGAAGUCACCAGAACUUCAGGCAUACUUACUGAAACAGCAUGGGCUGGCGCUGCAUUUAAUCUUUUUCUUUACAUGCUUGCUAGUCAUGUACUUGGAGCAUUUUGGUAUCUGUUCUCUAUAGAACGUGAAAUCACUUGUUGGCAAAGAGCUUGUGGCAAUUCAUCUAAGUGUCGCCAUGCCUUUCUUUAUUGUAGUGAUGACCACAGUGCUUUUAGAACACUUCUUAACACGUCUUGCCCUAUAGACCCACCAGACACAUCAGAAUUUGAUUUUGGCAUAUUCCUUGAUGCUCUUCAAUCUGGUGUUGUAGAGUCAAGAGAUUUCCUUCAAAAGUUCUUUUAUUGCUUCUGGUGGGGCCUGCAAAACCUAAGUUCACUUGGUCAGAACCUCAAGACAAGCACCUUUAUCUGGGAAAUUUGCUUUGCUGUUUUCAUAUCCAUAGCUGGGCUGGUGCUAUUUUCCUUUCUCAUUGGGAAUAUGCAAACAUACUUGCAGUCAACCACGAUAAGGCUAGAGGAAAUGAGAGUGAAGAGGCGAGAUGCAGAGCAGUGGAUGUCUCAUCGUUUGCUCCCUGAGAACCUUCGAGAGAGGAUAAGGCGGUAUGAACAAUACAAAUGGCAGCAAACUCGGGGCGUUGAUGAAGAAAACUUGAUUCGCAGCCUUCCCAAGGACCUCAGAAGAGACAUAAAGCACCACCUUUGUUUGGCUUUGCUUAUGCGAGUGCCAAUGUUUGAGAAAAUGGAUGACCAACUCUUGGACGCGAUGUGUGACCGCCUGAAGCCAGUACUGUACACCGAGGAUAGCUUUAUUGUUUGUGAAGGCGACCCGGUUGACGAGAUGCUUUUUGUGAUACGCGGCAAACUGUAUUCUGUGACCACUAAUGGGGGCAGGACUGGGUUCUUUAACUCCGAUUAUCUAAAAGCAGGUGACUUUUGUGGGGAAGAGCUCCUGACGUGGGCUCUGGACCCCCAUUCAUCUUCGAACCUCCCCAUCUCAACCCGAACGGUUCAAGUUCUUGCAGAAGUUGAAGCAUUUGCUUUAAUGGCUGCUGAUCUGAAGUUUGUAGCCUCUCAGUUCAGGCGACUCCACAGCAAGCAGAUUCGCCACACUUUCAGGCUCUAUUCGCAGCAGUGGAGGUCCUGGGCUGCCUGCUUCAUACAAGCAGCCUGGCGGCGCUAUUGCAGGAAGAAACUAGAGGAGUCCCUGCGCGAGGAAGAAGACAGGUUGCAGGAUGCACUAGCAAAGGCAAGCAGCAGCAAUUCGCCAAGUUUGGGGGCGACAAUCUACGCAUCGCGAUUUGCCGCCAAUGCUCUUCGUGCAUUGCGCCGCAAUGGUACCAAGAAAGGCAGGAUGAUGAUGAUGAUGCCUGAGAGAAUAUCGCCCAUGCUGCUUCAGAAGCCAGCGGAGCCUGAUUUCACUGCUGAAGAGUGAAGACCAGUAAGAUUAUUUGCUACUCCGUAGUAGUUAAAUGCUCGUAUAUAUGAAUUUUUAUGUAUGCCUAAGAUUUGUUGAGCAUGGUAAUAAUGAUUGUCAUCCAAUCAUCUAUCAUGUUCGAUACUCUUGUACAUAUAGUGCUCCUUCUUAAUAUAAGUCCUUACUUUUGUUUCCAUAAUUUUCUCUUGAAACAUACAUACUGUAGAAGAUAAAUGAAGCUACCCUUCAGGU